AUGUUGGUGAAUACACAAAAUGUCAUUCAUUUGCAAAUUACAAACAAUACUGCGCUUCGAGUCAUAAUAUAUUUGCCUCAAGAUAAAAUUGAUUGGUACAAUGAAAACAACAUACAUCCUCAGCUUCUUGAAGCCCUUUAUCCAGUCAUUGUCGAAAACCUUGUCAUAAGUCAAGGAAAAUCAGCAAAUAAAAGAAAGAAGGAAGAAGAGAUUAACCGUGCGGUUGACUUAGAAGGAUUUCGAUUUUUAUAUCGAUUUGUGCCACUCAAGAUACAGAAUAACAUGGUCAUUUCAGAAAGGGAUUUUAUAUUCCAAGAGGAUAAUAACGAUGAUAAACCUGUGAUAAAGACAACUUAUAAAUCCAUGUCAGUUUAUCCUGUUCAAUUGCUCGUGUCUGUGGACGAUGCAUUGUUCAUCAAUAGUACAAAUACCCUUGACUCCUAUUUUACAAGCCUGGCAGAUCAAUAA